AUGCACUGCAGGAGAUGUCUGCCCCAAGCGGGGACCAACUGGAAGAAGCUGAAACACCUGGAGCCGAAGAUCCAGGUAGACGCCAUGCCGGGUGCGGGGAGCCUCCUCAACCUCAAGAGGAUCCUCCACGUGGACCGGAAUUGGCUCUCCUUAAGACCACCCCUCAGAGACUUUUUGAGCCAUCGAGGAGGAUAUCAUGGGGGUCCGUCUCAAUCCACCACCCCCCGGCCAAGCCAGAUAGCCCUGAAGAACGUGGCCACUUCUGAAGCCAUCGAGAAGCACAAGAAGUACUUGGCCGACUGGUUCCGCCAGCAGCCCAACGAGGAGAGGCAGUUCGGGCCGUCCUUCUCGCUGGACACCACCCACGUGGACCCCGUCAUCCGCGAGAGUUCCCUGGAGGAGAUCCUGAAGCCUUCUCCAGAGAUGACCAUCCAGAACCAGCUCCAGGCCCCCUCCACCAACAUCAUCGGCCUCCAGAACCUCUUUGACAUAGACGCGUGCGGCCGCCAAGUGAAGAACGUGGUCCUGUACGGCACGGUGGGCACCGGGAAGAGCACCCUCAUUAAGAAGAUGGUGAUGGACUGGUGCCAUGGGCGCCUGCCCCGCUUUGAGCUCCUGGUCCCCUUCUCCUGCGAGGACCUGUCUCAGAACAACACCUCCAUCUCGUUGCGCCGUCUGAUCACCAAGAAGUACCUGCACCUCCGGGAGGUGGUGCCUGUGCUGGGGUCUGCCAACCUCAAGGUGCUUUUCAUUCUCAAUGGCCUGGAGCGCCUCAACUUGGACUUCCGCCUGGCCCACACGGAGCUCUGCUGCGACCCCAACGAACCGGUGCUUCCCUCAGCCAUUGUGGUCAACCUGUUGAGGAAGUACAUGUUGCCAGAGGCGAGCAUCAUUGUCACCACCCGCCCCUCUGCCGUGCGCCGCCUCCCCAGCAAGUUUGUGGGCCGCUACGUCGAGGUCUGCGGCUUCUCCAAUGUCAACCUUCAGAAACUCUACUUCCAGAUGCGGCUGAGCCAACCGGAUUGUAGCGGCGCUUCCGGACCCGCCACGGCGGAAGAGACGAGCGAGCGGGACAACCUGGUGGAGAUGCUUUCGAGGAACUUGGAGCGGCACAACCAGAUCGCGGCCGCUUGCUUCCUGCCUUCCUAUUGCUGGCUGGUUUGCACCACCUUGCACUUCCUCUACUUCACCAAGUCGGUGCCCCCCGCUCAGACGCUGACUGGCAUUUAUACCAGCUUCUUGCGGCUCAACUUUAGCGGGGAAGUGCUGGACAGCACGGACCCCUCCAACAUCUCCAUGAUGAAGCACGUGGCCAAAACGGUGGGCAAACUGGCCUACAGAGGGGUGAUGUCCCGGCAGACCUCCUUCUCGGAGGAGGACCUCCGCCACUGCUUUGAGAUGGAGAUGAAGUCGGAGAGCGAGCUCAACCUCCUGAACGUCUUCCGCAGCGACGUCUUCCGCUUCUUCCUCACCCCCUGUGUGCAGCCAGGUAAGGAACACACCUUUGUCUUCACUAUUCCUGCCAUGCAGGAGUACCUGGCAGCCCUUUACGUGGUCCUGGGCGAGAAGAAGACCUUGACGCAGCGAGUAGGCAAGGAGGUCUCCGAGGUCAUCGGCAAGGUGAGCGAAGACGUCGCCGUGGUCCUCAGCAUCGUCUCCAAGGUCUUGCCACUGCGUGUCCUGCCGCUGCUCUUCAACCUAAUCAAGAUCUUCCCCCGCUACUUCAGCCGCUUCAGCAGCAAGGACCGCGACACCAUCGCUCGCACCGUGGCCGUGGAGAUGUUCAAGGAGGAGGACUACUUCAACGACGACGUCUUGGAUCAGAUCAACUUCAGCAUCCUCGGGGUGGAAGGCCCCAUGCGCCAUCCGGACGAGGCCUCCGACGACGAGGUCUUUGAGCUCUUCCCCAUCUUCAUGGGUGGGUUGCUCUCGCGGCGUAACCGGGCCAUCUUGGACCAGCUGGGUUGCUCCAUCAAGAACCUGGCAGCCUUUGAGGUCGCCAAGGCCAUGAAGAAGACCGUCAUCCGCAACAGCCGGAAGGGCCUGCCCCCGUCUGAGCUCAUGGAUUACCUCUUCUUCCUGCACGAGUUCCAAAACGAGCGCUUCACGGCUGAGGCCAUCCAGUCCCUGAGAACCAUCAACCUUUCCUCGGUCAAGAUGACCCCGCUCAAAUGCUCUGUCCUGGCUUCGGUGGUGGGCACCACCAGCCACGAGGUGGAGGAACUCAACCUGGCAUCGUGCCACCUUGAUGUCAACAGCCUGAGGACUCUUUUCCCUGUCUUCCUACGAUGCAAGAAGCUCCAUCUGCAGCUCAACAGUUUGGGGCCAGAAGCUUGCAAAGAGAUCCGAGACCUGCUCUUGCAUGAGAAAUGCGCGGUGAGCACAUUACGGCUGGCCGACAACCCCUUGACGGAGCAGGGGGCUCUCUUCCUGGCGGAAGCCAUUGCCGCCAACCGCUCCCUCAGUCACCUGUCGCUGCUGCACACCUCGCUGGGGAACCAAGGGGUGGAGGUGAUCGCCCAGCACCUGGCCCAGAACAAGCAUCUGCGGGAGCUGGAUGUGGCCUACAACUACGUGACCGACGAAGCCGCGUUGGCCCUGGUGGAGGAGGCCAAGAGGCACGCGACGCUGGAGAAAGUGCAUCUGUACUUCAACGAGAUCAGCGAGGAGGGCAAGCAGGCGCUGCACGAGCUGCGCAAAGACCGGGACGGCGUCAAAGUGCUGGUCUUCCUGACGAUGGGGGCCGACGUCUCCGACUACUGGGCCAUCAUCCUGAACGUGGUCCAGAAGAACCUGCCCGUCUGGGACCGCGACCGGGUUCAGCAGCACCUCCGACUUCUCCUGGAGGACCUGAAGAGCAGCCGCCGCCAAACGGCCAACCCCUUUAAGAAGGCCAAGUUCAUGCGGGUGGAGAACGAGGUCAAGAGGAUGCUGGGCAAGAUUCAGCAGGGGGCGCUCUGAGCCGGCAGGGCCCCAGGUGGAGUGCCCCACAGUUGCUGUUAGCGUCGUCCGAAAGAGCCACGUUGACUUCCAUCCCUGGUGCUCGGCUCUGCGACUCGGAAAAGCUUCCGGCUUCCCUGUUUCACCGGUAGCGGCUGUUUCGAGGUGGGAACCCCUUGCCCACUGCAGCCCCUGCCGGGCAAGGCCCUCGCCCACCGCCCUGAAACUGGGCGCUCAGAAGAGCCACAGGCAGUUCCCCAGCCACUGAGCGGGGAUCUCUGCUCUUACCGUCGGCUCCCUCAUCUCCUGGAGAUGCUGCCAGACAGGGAGAAGCGAUUUGGGAGAAGGAAGAAAGCCAUAAGGUGCAGACAACGGUGCAAUUGAACACUGGAGCCAUUUGCAGGCUUUCUCCUGCUCCCCAAGCCUGGCUCUGCCGAGGAAGACUGAUCGCAAUUUCAAAUGACAACUCAGGCCUUUGUCUUGCUGUUUGUGUUUUUCAAACUUGAGAAUGCCUUUUUGCCCCGCUGGCUUCUGCUAAAAACGGCCCAAACCAUUUUUUUCCUGGAGCACGCUGGGGUGCAGUUCCAGAGCGGCCUUCCCAUACAAAUAAACUGUGACCCGUGUGCACCCACAGAGACACAGGCUCCAGAGGCAUGGGUUAACCAUAGGGUUGCCAACUCCCGAUUGAGGAAUUCCUGAAGAUUUAAGGGCGGAGCUGGGUUGCCUGAGGAUGGCAGGGUUUGGGGAGGGGCCAGAGCUCAGGGGAGUAUACCGCCAUAAAGUCCACCUUCUAAAGCUGCCACUUUCACCAGGGGGCUUGAUCUUUUUCGCCAGGAGAAAAGUUCUUAAUUCCAGGAGAUCUCCAGGUCCCCCCUGGAAGUUGGCAACCCUAGAACUGAGCCAGCAGCCUUCUGUGCUCCUUCCAAAUCGACAAGCAAUUGAACAACGGCAACACAAUAGAAGCAACGAUGCAAAAACAAACCUAUUGUGUCAAGGGACGAUUAACAACUUCCAAAAAUUAAUACAUUAUAUUAUAGAAAACAUCCGAACUAAAUACCAGCAUUCAGACAUUAAAGAACAAAGAACAAUCCCAUAUAAACAAUAUCAAAGGAUGACUCCGGAAACAAUCUUCAUACAGUCUGUAAGGAGUACUCAGACUCAAGUGUAAAGUUCAAACGGAGUCCUUCCAUGGCGUCAGCUUCAAAGGAGAAAUUCUUUCCUUCCCGCAACCACCGGUUUGAAUUGCGUUCCUCUGCCUUUACAACUUCUUCAUAAGCCAACUCUGAAAAGGUCCUCAGACCAAUAUCACUCCCAGCGCACACAGGAUAAUCACCACAGUAGGUUUCUUGACAUAAUAGGUUUGUUUUUGCAUCCUUCCAAAUUGAGGCAGAAUGAAAGCAUACACCCGCAAGAAGCAGAUAAAUUACCAUCCUUACCUGACAUGAACCUAACAUACUUGAGAGCCAGUUUGGUGUAGUAGCUAAGUGCGUGGAUUCUUAUCUGGGAGAACCGGGUUUGAUUCCCCUCUCCUCCACUUGCAGCUGCUGGAAUGGCCUUGGGUCAGCCACAGCGCUCUCACGAGUUGUCCUUGAAAGGGCAGCUUCUGUCAGAGCUCUCUCAGCCCCAUGCACCUCACAGGGUGCCUGUUGUGGGGGAGGAAGAUAAAGGAGAUUGUAAGCUGCUCUGAGACUUUGAUUCAGAGAGAAGGGCAGGGUAUAAAUCUACAGUCGUCUUCUUCUUGAUUAAAUCUGAUGAGAGACCUGGUUUAAGGUCAUGCCCAGCCAUGAGGUAAAUGGGAACACUGAGAAGGGAGAUAGAGGGAUCUCAUGAGGUUGAGAUGAAACUGAGGGAUCCAUUUGAUGGUUCUGUAGCCCAGGCUCACCCAACAGGUUCUCCGUUAUAGACACAGAUACCUCACAGAGCAUGCCUUAUUCCACCCCCCCCCAAAAAAGUUCUCCCCUCCCUAGAAGGCCACAAUGUCUCCUGCAGCCACGCUUGAGGCCAAGGGAUGGAACAGUUUCUUUAUAUCGCUGCAGACGUCAUGUCGGGAAUGGUGCUCUACUGUUUUAGUUCCUUAGCUGGCCAUAUCCUCUGUCCUUGCUGUAUUUCUAAUCUUGGGGAGGGGAACUGUAGCUCAGAGGUGGAAUAUCUAUUUGCAUGCAAUAAAAUGCCAGUUUUGAUCUCUGGGAUCUAUAGUUAAAAAGGGAUCUGACAGGAAGUGAUGUGAAAGGCCUCCAACGGACGCUCCGGUGAGCAGCUGCCAGCCAGUACUGACCUUGUUAGCCCAAGGGGUCUGCGUCAGACUCAGUAGGAAGAAACUUAGGCUGAUUCCACACUCACCUUGCUCCGGGGCAGGCUUCCGUUUCUGCGCGCAGCAAGCUGGCAAUUUCGCACCAGUUGCUCUGCACUGCUAUUUUUGCCGGGGGGGGGGGGCAAACACAGGAUUUGCUGCGCUGCAGUGUAAACCUCUUUUGCACUGUGGCACGGCAAAUCGUGGGUUUGCCCCACGCAAAAUGGCGGUGCGGAGCAACUGGUGUGAAAUUGCCAGCUUGCUCCACACAGAAACGGAAGCCUGGCCCGGAGCAAAAGGAGUGUGGAGUCAGCCUUAGUGCCGUUAGGUGUCAUGUCUUCUGUCUCCUCCAAGGUGUGUUUGGGAUGGUUGGUGCUUUCUCUUGGAAAGCAGGAGGGAAACGGAGGGACGUGGCUGGGCUGCUGCUGGUCUCACACCAGGUUUCUGGACAAGGGUUUGGAUCGACUGCUUGGGGACAGACACCGACUGCAGGACGCAGGAAGAGAACGGGCAGGGAACUGUUUUGCCUUUGUGCCUCCACAAUACUAAAAGCACUUUGUUCCAGCUUAA